AUGGGUUACGAGGAUGCACCUUGGGUAUUCAAGGGCAGGGCUUUGUAUCAGUUACACCUUGUAAAGGUCGAAGAGGCAAGGAAAUACAUACCUGGAGAUUUUAAUCUCGUCAGCCUGUUUGGGUACACGUUGGGAGGAUUUUACCUCGCUAGAUACACAGACAGCCCUGUGGGCAAAUUUGACGAGCUUGUAGCACUGGCGGGACUUGUUUGGAACCCUCCUACCUCCUGUGCUUGGGCCGCGCGGGUGUACGUAAGCAACUGGCAGGCCCGAAAUCAUGGUCGAAGGCACUGUGGACUGCCAUCUCGUAUGGCGGCAUUUGAAGAGAAGAGCGAGCUCACAGAGAGGGGGCUGCCCAGCUGGUGGAGGCAGUCAGAACCAGGUCUCCGCCCCGUGGUGCUGCACAAUGAGGAGCGGCGCAGCUGGCUGCAGCCGUGGAAGGCGCCGGCUCAGGGGCUGCGCACGCCGGUUUGCUGCAUGACACUGCCGCCAGCGCGCAGGAAAGGCUGGCCUGGGCCUCGCAUACGUCUGUCGCUGCCCAGCUUCAGCGGUGGCACGCCUGACUGCCCACAACUGCUGCAGUACACGUGUCAGCUGAUCACCAAUGUUCGGGCGGUGGCCCCUGCACGUGUUCAGGUACCGCCUCGUCACAUUGCUCGCUUGCUUGACAAUCAGAAGGAAGCUUUAUCUACCAUUCUUGGAGGGAAGCCUGUUCUUGCACUGUCCUUUGAUGACAUGGAGAUGGUAGUCAAUGCCCCAGAAGUUCUCCCGCUGCCAAAUCAAAAGGUUGCUGUGGCUCCACCUGUGUUCGCCUGA